UGUGCAGGAAACAACAGACUAGUGAGGUUUACAAGAGGGGUGUGUGUGUGUGUGUGUGUGUGUGUGUGUGUCUCUGCCUGUGGGAUGGGGGUGGCACGGGGGAGAGAGAGAUGUGGGUUACAAAGCUGCCAUCUAGAGGCUAGAGGCUCCUUUCUGCAGUGUAUAUAAUGCAAGUCUGCAGCCAGCAGAGCUCACAGUUGUUGCAAAGUGCUCAGCACUAAGGGAGCCAGCGCACAGCACAGCCAGGAAGGCGAGCGAGCCCAGCCAGCCCAGCCAGCCCAGCCAGCCCGGAGGUCAUUUGACUGCCCGCCUCAGAACGAUGGAUCUGCAUCUCUUCGACUACUCAGAGCCAGGGAACUUCUCGGACAUCAGCUGGCCGUGCAACAGCAGCGACUGCAUCGUGGUGGACACGGUGAUGUGUCCCAACAUGCCCAACAAAAGCGUCCUGCUCUACACGCUCUCCUUCAUUUACAUUUUCAUCUUCGUCAUCGGCAUGAUUGCCAACUCCGUGGUGGUCUGGGUGAAUAUCCAGGCCAAGACCACAGGCUAUGACACGCACUGCUACAUCUUGAACCUGGCCAUUGCCGACCUGUGGGUUGUCCUCACCAUCCCAGUCUGGGUGGUCAGUCUCGUGCAGCACAACCAGUGGCCCAUGGGUGAGCUCACAUGCAAAGUCACACACCUCAUCUUCUCCAUCAACCUCUUCGGCAGCAUUUUCUUCCUCACGUGCAUGAGCGUGGACCGCUACCUCUCCAUCACCUACUUCACCAACACCCCCAGCAGCAGGAAGAAGAUGGUACGCCGUGUCGUCUGCAUCCUGGUGUGGCUGCUGGCCUUCUGCGUGUCUCUGCCUGACACCUACUACCUGAAGACCGUCACGUCUGCGUCCAACAAUGAGACCUACUGCCGGUCCUUCUACCCCGAGCACAGCAUCAAGGAGUGGCUGAUCGGCAUGGAGCUGGUCUCCGUUGUCUUGGGCUUUGCCGUUCCCUUCUCCAUCAUCGCUGUCUUCUACUUCCUGCUGGCCAGAGCCAUCUCGGCGUCCGGUGACCAGGAGAAGCACAGCAGCCGGAAGAUCAUCUUCUCCUACGUGGUGGUCUUCCUUGUCUGCUGGUUGCCCUACCACGUGGCGGUGCUGCUGGACAUCUUCUCCAUCCUGCACUACAUCCCUUUCACCUGCCGGCUGGAGCACGCCCUCUUCACGGCCCUGCAUGUCACACAGUGCCUGUCGCUGGUGCACUGCUGCGUCAACCCUGUCCUCUACAGCUUCAUCAAUCGCAACUACAGGUACGAGCUGAUGAAGGCCUUCAUCUUCAAGUACUCGGCCAAAACAGGGCUCACCAAGCUCAUCGAUGCCUCCAGAGUCUCAGAAAUGGAGUACUCUGCCUUGGAGCAGAGCACCAAAUGAUCUGCCCUGGAGAGGCUCUGGGAUGGGUUUACUUGUUUUUGAACAGGGUGAUGGGCCCUAUGGUUUUCUAGAGCAAAGCAAAGUAGCUUCGGGUCUUGACGCUUGAGUAGCGUGAAGAGGGGAGCACGUGCCCCCUGCAUCCAUUCUCUCUUUCUCUUGAUGACGCGGCUGUCAUUUGGCUGUGCAUGCUGACAGUUUUGCAACAGGCAGAGCUGUGUCGCAUAGCAGUGCUGUGUGUCAGAGCCAGCUGAGGACAGGCUUGCCUGGACUUCUGUAAGAUAGGAUUUUCUGUGUUUCCUGAAUUUUUUAUAUGGUGAUUUGUAUUUAAAUUUUAAGACUUUAUUUUCUCACUAUUGGUGUACCUUAUAAAUGUAUUUGAAAGUUAAAUAUAUUUUAAAUAUUGUUUGGGAGGCAUAGUGCUGACAUAUAUUCAGAGUGCUGUAGUUUUAAGGUUAGCGUGACUUCAGUUUUGACUAAGGAUGACACUAAUUGUUAGCUGUUUUGAAAUUUUAUAUAUAUAUAUAUAAAUAUAUAAAUAUAUGCCAGUCUUGGCUGAAAUGUUUUAUUUACCAUAGUUUUAUAUCUGUGUGGUGUUUUGUACCGGCACGGGAUAUGGAACGAAAACUGCUUUGUAAUGCAGUUUGUGACAUUAAUAGUAUUGUAAAGUUACAUUUAAAAAAAACAAAAAACUGUUCUGGACUGCAAAUCUGUGCACACAACGAACAGUCGCAUUUCAGAGAGUUCUCUCAAUUUGUAAGUUAUUUUUUUUAAUAAAGAUUUUUGUUUCCUAAAAA